AUGGUCCAAGAGGUAAUGCGUCUCCCGCCUCUGCGGAAUCUCCGCGUCACCAACCCCAACCAGGCUUCAAAGAAUCCGUGCAUCGGUGUGAUGGCGACACUGUUAAGUUGCUGGGCCUCUCAAGGAUAUGCUGUGGAGGGGUGUGGAAAGAUUGAAGAGCAGUUGAGAAGCUGCAUGGAUGCUAAGGUGGAUGACUUUCCUAGCACCCCAAAUCUGUGGGAGAGCGUGGGCUGA